ACUGUGACAGACUUUUAGACUCAUUUCACGAUCACCAUCAGACCUCUACAAGUUAGCUGAGGAGCAGAUAUCUACAUAUCUACACACACAAUCUCUCAUCCGACAUGCCAGGCAACACCGAGGCAGAACACAAACCAGAAUCAGCACCCUCUGUGUGGAGAGUCUUGUGGCCUGUCAGGAGCCAUGCAAGGCAACAUAACUAGCAUCCACAUUUGUCUCUGACUACAAAAUAAAAGGGGUUGAUUGUUCUACAGCUACACAUGUGUUCCAUCUGUUCUGACUUUUCACGUGCAGUUUUUUAAAACAGCUUGAUGUUGCACACACAAGAGAUACGCGCAUGAUGUACAGAAGGACAAAUUUAUGUUCUUUUGCAUCCCAAUUUCAAUGCGACAUCUCCACGUUGCACACGCACAACAUUGCUGGAUCCAAGAAAACGUUGCUGGAUCCAAGAAAAACCUUAUUCACACUUCUUCACCGUCUUAGUCAUCUUGCAUAAUAUCAAAAUCAAGAAGGAUAGUUGUCCUGCCAGAGCACAUCAUCUCCCUUGCACUCUACAUAUCCAGGGUAGCAAAGAGGCCUGCAAAGACCAUUCUUGCCCAAAGACAGGCCAGAGCUCAAGGAAAAGCACUUCAAUGCAAUGACUCACGAAAGCAGGGCUUGAUAUGUCCACAGAAGAUCCAAAGAAAGCAGGCUGGCAACAAACCAGGAGAGCAGACCGUAUAAAAUUUGCAGAUGUGUCUCAAUCGUGUCGCAUCACACUCUUGACACGCAUUUUGACACCAAGAAUGAAGCAGAGCAAAAGAGACGCGCUCAAAGCGCAAAGAACAGGCCUAUGAAGGAUGUACACCUUGUGCUGCUGUGACGGUAUGCAGCAGGCUGAAAUUGUACAGGCACAGCUGUACAGGCAACACCGUCACUGCUGAGUCCCGCAAAUGGCGGGUGCCACUACAUGCAGAGCACCUCAGAUUGCAAGAGCAGUACAAAAAAUUUCGUUCCUUAUUUUUACAGCAGCGGUCUGCUUAGAAAGAGGCUGUAGAUUGGCAAAGAAGCCACUAGUGGUCCCUGAAUGCUUUCAGCUGCCCACUCAGCUACUGUCCUCAUGAGCUUUUACGACCCUUGGCCAAAGCUUCUAGUGGUCGCCUCGAGGGAAGCU